CCCCAGGUAGCCAUGAGCCAGGCACAGAUAGUCUUGACUCACUUGAGACAUGUAUGUGUUGACGUGAUCCUUCCUCCUCAGUGCGCUGUGAGUGAUGGGAUAAGUGUAGAUAUUAUUAGAACACUUAUAUAAACAAUGUUAGUGUACAGUGGCGGAAGAAGACGGCCCGUGGGAGACCUGCUUGUAGUGGUGGUGGCCGUGUGGUGGCUGUCAGGUGGUGGAGAGGCGACAACUGCAGCCUCCUCCGUCCUCCUGUACUCGGCAUUCACCUGGGGUGGUCUCCGGGGUAAUACCACCUUCUCCUGGGGUGGACCUGGCACUAAUGUCACCGUGGAGGUCCAGGUAGAGAUAGUCGGCACUAGUCUGACCCCUGACCCCGAGGAGUAUGACUGGGCCAUCUACGACUGGCCGAUGAGAUAUGAUGUCAAGGAUCGAUGUAGUCUCUCCGUCCUGGGCACCAAAAAAUGGGACUUGUCGAGUAUGUUUGGUAAACUAACGUUGCCACAGAGCUCGUCGGCGACCUUUGAGACCGAGGAACUGAACUUAGUGGGUGACGACUCGAUCUGGGGACGCUCUCUCAGGAUCUCCCACAAGCAGAGGACCACCUGCUCUAACAUCCAUGGUGUGAGCGGAGAGAGAACCUAUGAGGCCAGGUUCCACAGUCCCAUCGGCGGGUCCAUCUGGCUGAGGACGUGGGCGUGGGGGGCGGCCGACGACGAGGGGAAGACGAAGGGCACCCAGACUACCAUCUUCACUGACGUCUUCAACACAGCAGACGAUGAUCCCUCGGCAGGUGACCAUAACUGGUCCAUCUUCAUCACUGAUAUUCUCGACAAGAAAGAGAAUCGUCCGUCGUGCAACUUCCUCAGCCGUAUCUAUGACCCGUUAGGAUUGGAGAAAUGCGACGGAGAGGGUCAGUGUCCUAUGGGUGACCUGACCAACACUUACGGUCAACUGAGAGUAGGGACACACAGGUCUCGGUUCUCUCGUAAGUUCUACACCACCACCAAGAUGGUCCUUCCUGACCUGUCCGGCCCCCGCAAGCUCUACCUGUCCGUGAUGGGCGCCCUCCACCCCGACCACCUGUGGGCGUGCACCAAACUACGCGAGAUCAAGCCUAAGACCGCCCGCGCCAUCUUCAACUCUCAGGGCGUACGCGGGGAGAUCAGGCUGGAACAAACAUCCAUCUUCACCCCGACAGACCUGACGCUGGAGCUGAGUGGCCUCGCUGGUAACGCGGGUUUCCAUGUUCACGAGCUGCCGGCCAUGCCACCCAUCCACCCUGGGGAUUUCCCCUGUGGAGCCACUAAGGGGCACUACAACCCCUACGGCGUGGACGCCAGUAACUCCCCCAAGGCCGGGUUAGGGGCACACGACCAGUACGAGCUCGGUGACCUGAGUGGUAAACACGGCGCCCUUACGGGUCUGGACGAGGCCCUGGCCACUGUCACCGACCACAACCUGCCACUGUUUGGUCCCUGCUCGGUCAUCACCCGGAGCCUCGUCAUCCACAAGGCGUCAGGAGACCGCUGGGUGUAAGCCAACAUAAGACCUACCCGGCCACAGAUCCGCGCUGUCACCUUCCGGUACCCGCUGGUGGGGGAGAUCGUAUUCGAGCAGGAGGCUGACGACCCCCUAGCGGAUACCCACCUACUGGUGACCAACUUGUUGUACUCUGACGGCAGCAAGAACGACACGAGCGGUCACCGCUGGUACGUGCACCAGGACAUCCCCGGUAGAGACUUCUACAACUGGACGAUGAGAUGUGUGUCUGCUGGCCCUCACUACAACCCUUAUAAGGUAAGCCUGGGGGAGCGAGUAUACAGACGUUGCAACGUAGACACGGCAGAACGCUGUGAGAUGGGCGACUUGGGAAAACGCCACGCGCUGAAGGUGGCGGGACCAGUGAGGAACAUAGCAGACACGCGAAAGCUCAUGACGGACACUAACCUUCCUCUCUCAGGCCCCAAGACCAUCCUGGGCCACUCUGUAGUGAUCCAUGAUGAAAACGCCCCCAAACACAGAGGAGACAGGAUGGCGUGUUCUGGGAUCUACCGCCGGUUUCGCCACAAGGGCGUAGUCAACAAGUGGCACGCGACCCGAGGAGCAGGCAAGGUGGAGGGCAAGGUCGAGUUUAUCCAGGAGUCUGAGUUUGACCUCACCAACACCGAGGUCGAGCUUCGGGGUCUGGAGGCCACUGCAAAUGGAUACCACGUCCACAUGGUACCUAUAGAAGACGAGCUGGAGUUCCCGUGUGAAGCCUCCACCACCCUGGGUCAUUAUAACCCCCUCAACGUGACCCCUUCUGAGUCUCCGACACCCGCCACUGGCACUCAUGACCAGUACGAAGCUGGUGACCUGGCGGGGAAGUAUGGCACUCUGGAGGGCCUCAACCGGAAGCGUGGUGAAUAUAAUGACACUAAUCUGCAGCUGUUUGGCGCAACUUCCAUUAUGGGGCGGUCCAUCGUCAUCCACAAGAAACAUAAGAAUGCCAGGUGGUUCUGUGGCAGUAUUGGCUGGGGUUAUUCUCCUGAAGCUCGCCAGGUCUCGGCCAUUGCUUCCUUCCAUAACCCCCAGGGAUAUGCGUGGGGUUACAUCAGGAUGCGUCAAUUGAUUUACUUCGAUGGUUCCUUCGAUGAGACGUUUAUAGAGGUCAGCCUUCGUCAUCCAGGCACCAAUAACCGCAAUUUGACACGUCGACACAACUGGUCAGUCUACGUCAACCCCGUUGGAGUAGACGCCGGGGUGAAGUUCUUCCAGUCGAGGUGUGUGGCUGCUGGCUACCGCUGGAACCCUUACCUCAUCCACCUCGCCUUCCCCAACGAUAGAGACUACUACGAGCGUGAGUGUGGGCCAGAGGUUCCCCUGAGAUGUGAUGUCGGUGAUCUAUCAGGUCGCCUCGGCACCAUCGACGUGGGAGACAAGAGAUAUGUCUUUGUUGACCGGAACCUUCCCCUGUCUGGUCCUCACGGCAUCAUGAACCGGGCCAUGAUCAUCCACCGAGAGAACGCCGGGGUGGAGAGGUUCGCCUGCGCCAACAUUAGACCUGAUGAUGACAUUAUUAAGUGGGUCAUUGUUAGGAAGACGCCCAAGUUUACUGCCACCACCUUCAUGGAGGACCUAAGAGAGGUGUUGGGGGCGCCAGAGUGGUAUUUGGCCGCCGACCUCCAGACUGUGUCGUUCUCCGCUGACCAGCAGUGUGUCACCUUCGUCAUCCACUUCAUGGGACCCCAGGCCGGACAGUUGGAGCUUGACUUCUCGCGUCUCCUAGCUGGGGGGAUCCUGCCCUCUCCGACCAUCUCCAUCAGGGGCGUCUACUCGGAUCCUAAGCGACCCACCAAGGUGCCCUACAGGACCUGUGGCGGCCUGGAGGAGGACGACAUCUUGGGCGAUAAAUCUGACGCGUCUUGGUGGAACGUAUUAACUGGGAACCUCGACGACGUUGGCUACACUGGUGAUGGUAGCGGAUCUUCCUCCUCCUCCUUCUCCUCCUCCUCCUCCUUCUCCUCCUCCUCCUUCUCACACCUUCCCACAGGUAAAUAAUACCGGUAUAUCCUGUCAUUAGCCAUGUAUACAUUAUUCAUCUCUUUAUUAUACAUCAUUUAUCAUACAUUCUCGUUUAUACUUGUAUUUACAGAAGACUGUAAAUAUAUUACCUGUAUAGAGAAGCUUACUUAUAUUAUCUAGUUAAUUAGUAUUGUAUCACCUGUACACUAUUAUUGACUGUAUAAUUUAUUCUUUAAAUAAGUAACUAUCAAUUAUUUGCUUAUACUUACACUUAUUUGAUCAUUAGUUGAUGAGAAGUAAAUAUAAGUAACUGAUAUACCUGGUGAGUUUAUUUACAAUUUAUUCAUAAUUCUGAGAUGUAUUCUAAAACUGUGUAAUACAAAAUUGUGUAAAAAUGUAAAACAAAAUUAGAUUUAUAUUAUUUUUUCCGGAUUUUUUAUAUAUUUACACUUGUUAUUGAGUAAAUCACGUCCUAGCAGCUCUAAUGUAAACACAGAAUAUUACUGUACUAAUAAAUUGAUAAAAUUA